AUGGUGCCUCUGAAACCAGAACAUGAACCAGAACCCAGCUGUGUGUCCUUUAAGAGUGAUCAUUCAAAGGGUCUUGGUAUAUAUUUUAAACCAGAACAACCUCCAUCAACAGACAGAGUGAACCUGCAGAACUCAAAGGUUCCCAGUGGUCCAUCUGCACAGCAGCACCAAACGAAACUGGACUUCAUAUUUAAGCUGCUGGAGGAAAACAUUGUUAGUUUUGUGAAGAACGAGCUGAAGAAGAUCCAAAAGGUUCUGAGUCCAGAUAAACCAGAAGGCUUAGAGCAUCAUUGGGAGGAUGGGGAGGUGUUGGAAGGUGAGGAGGAAGAGCAGAGGUGCAGCAGAGAAGCUUUGGUGAAAAUCACCCUCAAUUUUAUGAAGAGGAUGAAGCAGGAGGAGCUGGCUGAACGUCUGCAGAGCAAGCAUUUUGCCUCAGUUUGUCAAUAUAAACUUAAAUCCAGUCUGAAGAAGAGGUUCCAGUCUGUGUUUGAGGGGAUCGCUAAAGCAGGAAGUCCAACCCUUCUGAACCAGAUCUACACAGAGCUCUACAUCACAGAGGGAGGGACUGGGGGGGUCAAUGAUGAACAUGAGGUCAGACAAAUUGAAACAGCAUCCAGGAAACCAACCAGACCAGAAACAACAAUCAGACAAGAAGACAUCUUUAAAGUCCCACCUGGAAGAGAUCAACCAAUCAGAACAAUGAUGACAAAGGGAGUGGCUGGCAUUGGGAAAACAGUCUUAACACAGAAGUUCACUCUGGACUGGGCUGAAGGCAAAGCCCACCAGAACAUCCAGUUCAUAUUUCCAUUCACCUUCAGAGAGCUGCAUGUGCUGAAAGAGAAAAAGUUCAGCUUGGUGGAACUUAUUCAUCACUUCUUUACUGAAACCAAAAGAAUCUGCAGCUUUGAUCACUUCCAGGUUCUGUUCAUCUUUGAUGGUCUGGAUGAGAGUCGACUGCCUCUGGACUUCCAGAACAAGGAGAUCCUGACUGAUGUUACAGAGUCCACCUCAGUGGAUGUUCUGCUGACAAACCUCAUCAGGGGGAAACUGCUUCCCUCUGCUCUCCUCUGGAUAACCACACGUCCCGCAGCAGCCAAUCAGGUCCCUCCUGAGUGUGUUGGCAUGGUGACAGAGGUCAGAGGGUUCAAUGACCCACAAAAGGAGGAGUACUUCAGGAAGAGAUUCAGAGAUGAGGAGACGGCCAGCAGGAUCAUCUCCCACAUCAAUAGAUCUAGAAGCAUCCAGAUAAUGUGCCACGUUCCAGUCUUCUGCUGGAUCACUGCUACGGUUCUGGAGGAUAUGUUGGAGACCAGAGAGGGAGGAGAGCUGCCCAGCACCCUGACUGAGAUGUACAUCCACUUCCUGGUUGUUCAGACCAAAGUGAAGAAGGUCAAGUAUGAUGGAGGAGCUGAAACAGAUCCACACUGGAGUCCAGAGAGCAGGAAGAUGAUUGAGUCUCUGGGAAAACUGGCUUUUGAUCAGCUGCAGAAAGGAAACCUGAUCUUCUAUGAAUCAGACCUGACAGAGUGUGGCAUCGAUAUCAGAGCAGCCUCAGUUUACUCAGGAGUGUUCACACAGAUCUUUAAAGAGGAGAGAGGGCUGUACCAGAACCAGGACAAGGUGUUCUGCUUCGUCCAUCUGAGUGUUCAGGAGUUUCUGGCUGCUCUUCAUGUCCAUCUGACCUUCAUCAAGAAUCGAGUCAAUCUAAUGAAGGAACAAAAAAACAUUUUUGUUUUGUCUAAAUUAUCUAAGGCAGUAAAACUCAGAAGUCUACAUCAGACUGCUGUGGACAAGGCCUUAACGAGUCCAAAUGGACACCUGGACUUGUUCCUCCGCUUCCUCCUGGGUCUUUCACUGCAGACAAAUCAAACACUCCUACAAGGUCUGAUGACAAAGACAGGAAGUAGCUCACUGACCAAUCAGGAAACAAUUCAAUAUAUGAAGGAGAAGAUAAAUGAGAAUUUGUCUGCAGAGAAAAGCAUCAACCUGUUCCACUGUCUGAAUGAACUGAAGGAUCAUUCUCUGGUCCAGGAGAUCCAACAGUCUCUGAGAUCAGGAAGUCUCUCCACAGAUAAACUGUCUCCUGCUCAGUGGUCAGCUCUGGCCUUCAUCUUAGUGACAUCAGGAGAAGAGCUGGAUGUGUUUGACCUGAAGAAAUACUCUGCUUCAGAUGAGGCCUUUCUCAGGCUGCUGCCAGUGGUCAAAGCUUCGAACAAAGUUCUGUUGAAUGACUGUGACCUCUCUGAGAGAAGCUUUGAAGCUUUGGCCUCAGUUCUCAGCUCCCAGUCCUCUAAUCUGAGAGAGUUGGAUCUGAGUAACAACAAGCUGCAGGAUUCUGGAGUGAGGCUGUUGUUUUGUGGACUGAAGAGUCCAAACUGCAAACUGGAAACCCUCAGCAACAAGAUGGAUGAGCUGGCGCUGCUCAUGAGAAGGAACAAAGACCUUUCCUCCUCUUGUGUUUUGUGCUUCACGGAGACAUGGAUCAGCGGACAGAUCCCGGACAGCGCGCUACACCUGGAGGGAUUUCAACUCCUCCGUGCGGAUCGCAGCGCAGAGCUCUCCGGAAAAACAAAAGGCGGCGGAGUCUGCUUCUACAUCAACAACAGCUGGAGCACCGAUGUGACGGAGAGCAAAACGGCCACCUACCUCUACAUCUUCCACGGGUCUUCUAGCCACAGGCAGUACAGGGAACGCUGCAGCCGAGGCCGCUUCAACCCCGAUCAGUCUGGCCAGUUCAACAAUCGCCUCGGCCUGUCAGCCAGCCUGCUCCUACCUCCCUCGCGGCUAACCCUCCUGGAGGUCCAGCUCCUCUACAAAGCCCCACCUCCGUCUGGCCAGUUCAUCAAACGCCUCGGCCUGUCAGCCAGCCUGCUCCUACCUCCCUCGCGGCUAACCCUCCAGGAGGUCCAGCUCCUCUACACAGCCCCAGCUCUGUCUGGCCAGUUCAUCAAACGCCUCGGCCUGUCAACCAGCCUGUUCCAACGUCCCGUGCCACAGUGCAUCCCCCAGGGUCUCAACCCGGCUCUCUCACCUCGCCAGCAAAGUCAUACUGACGCGAAUGGAAAAAGAGACAGAAGGGGAAAACGAAGGAAACGCUCCGCCAUCGUUUCUGCAGCGCCGCUGGUCCAACACAAUGCGCAAGGGGACGCAGUCAUCCAGGAUAUAGCAGAAGCAGGAAGUGCUGUAGUCCAAGAUAUAGCAGAAGCAGGAAGUGGCGGUGAAGUUGUAGUCCAGGAAACCGGAAACAGCGGAGAAGAUCAGGAAACCGGAAGUGCUGUAGUCCAAGAUAUAGCGGAAGCAGGAAGUGACAGAGAAGUUGUAGUCCAGGAAACCGGAAUAAGAAAUCGAAACCGCCACUCCAGCAUUCCCAUCAGAGAAGAAUCCAGACACCUGGCUUUUCACACAUUGACGGCUGUGAGUGAGCUUCUGUCUGCAGCCGGCAACCAAGAAGAAGUUCCCAAGCGCAUGGUUAUUCAAGCAUUGGCAGCUGUCGGCAAGCUUCUGACUGCACCAGGCAACCAAGAAGACCCUGGCUACCGUUUGUCCAUCUUGGUGAAUAUGUGCUACAUAAUGAGGAACAUUCUUGGAUGA